AUGUCCGGCUCCAGCACUGCAUCUUCGGAUACCUCCAUGACAGGUCGGGUGCGGUUAGAAGACGACUUCAUCGCCAGUGCAGGCAUUUAUGAUGUGUCGGCUGCCGACCAUACCGCAAACAUGGGCCCGCCAACUGGCAGGCCGACAGGCGGAGCGGCCGUACAUAUGCCGACCUCUUCCGAGAGUGGUCCCAUGCUUGGUUCUGAACAAGAUAUCUUGAAUAACCAUGUGCACGCACGAGAUCGAAAGCGCCGGUUAACAAGCAAUGGGGAUGCUUCCAGACUUCAGCGAACUCGUUCUGGGGGUGCAAUUCGGCCGGAGGGUAACGCAAAUGCGGCAUUACCUCAUCGAUCUGUCUCCAUGAUCAUGCCGGCUUCGCGAAGCACCAAUUCAAAGGCACCAGGCUCUUCAUAUGCAACAGCGAUAGAUAUCACAUCUUCACCAUCCGAUGAUGGCCGGCAUUCAUCGAUCGAUCGCGGAGAUGCUGUGCACGGACCAUUUGCAGGAAGCUCAUCUUUUCGGAGGUUGUCGAAUCCAUUAUAUGCUGGUGAUCAUGAGCCUCUUCCAACGAGAAUCAGCUCCAGGCGGCCACUGGAUCCAAGGGCAGACAACUCAAGGCAUACAUUCUUGUCCAGCGGCGCCUCGUCCAUGUCACGUGCGCCGGAAGCAGCCGCGGAAGCGGAUAUCUUGACGAAUUCGAAUGACAAUAUAGGCCGUCGACCUCUUCCAUGGGAUCCGCAACCUCGGCGGUCUUCGCAAGGCUCAAGCCGCAGUGCCCGAUCGAGCCACAUUGAGGAGAACUUGCAUCCACAUUUUCUCGGACAGCAUGUCGGCGGCGCGUACAGGAAUCGAGGAUCUGAUACCUCUCGGUCAACAAUCAUUCCAAUACCUGGAGUCGAGGGUGACAUGUGGCGAACACAUACUAGGGCAAAUACCUUGAACUCGUCCAGUUUCACAGCGAAUGGCGAGAGAAAUAUCGAAAAUUUCGGAUGGAGACCAGAGCGCAGGGUUGCUGCGCCAGAGAGGAGGGUCUUUUCUGCGAGCAUAGGAGAAGCUUCUCGAGCCAGGGUCGAUAAUAACGACCGACGAUACGACAGAUAUCCCGAGUAUCAAGAUCUUGAUACGCCGAGAUGGCAGCCUGAUGCGGAAGUAACGAGUUGCCCGAUCUGUGGCACUGUGUUUAGUUUCUGGUAUCGGAAACACCAUUGCCGGAAGUGUGGCAGAGUUGUAUGUGCGAGCUGUUCGCCUCACUCAAUAGUCAUUCCUAGGCAGUUUAUCGUCCGCCCUCCUGAUACUCCCACCUCACAUCCUGAAUCAUCUCCUACCUCUCACACUCCCUUCGUUGACCUAACCGGCGACGAUUCUGAUCCUUUCAGCUCCUCGAUCAACCCUGCCCUUGGAGGUGGUGAGAAAGUCCGCCUCUGCAACCCCUGCGUCCCUGAUCCAAAUCCCAAUCCCCUGGGGUACGGAUCUCCGCGAGCACACGGCCAUCGAUCCACUCAUUCGUUGACCUCCUCCAUGGGAAUCAACACGUCCCGGAUUGUGCGCGAGAGCGCCCCCUCUCGCCAGGAACGACGAACCGUCGGGGCCAACGACCAGCCCGCGGUUCUGCAAGGACUCGGCCGCCCGGCCCGCAGAUCUGUCUCUGGCGCCAUGGCAAGCUUCAGUCCCAGCACGGGGGACCGAAGCCGUAUGGCUGGUACCACUUCCGCCGCAGACCUGUCUGCCGCCGUCGCCGUCGCCGUCGCCGUCGCUGCCCGGCCCCGCCCCCAAGUCUUGGAGGAGGACCUCUGCCCCGUCUGCGGACGGCAAUUCCCAGCGCUCAGCAAUGAGCAUACCCAGGACACCCGCGAAGAGCACGUCCGCGAGUGCAUCGCCGGCUAUAGCGCCCCGCCCGUCCACGCCGAACCCGAGCACGUGGACCCCCGCCAGCCUCCACCCUCGCCACGCCCGUCGCCCGCAGCCACCCGUAUGCUGCCGUUCACGGCGACUGAGAAGGACUGCCUCGCUGAGGACGGCACCGUGGCUGAAUGCCAGAUCUGCAUGGAGGAGUAUGAGGUUGGGCAGAGCCUGGCCCGCCUUAACUGCUUCUGCAAGUUCCACAAGGAGUGCAUUGUGGACUGGUUCACUCGGAAAGUGGUGUGCCCUACUCACCAGGGCUAA